AUGCCCAACCACGCGCCACCCAACCACCCGACCACGUUCUGCAUUCCCUCUGUCACAACCGGCUGCACAUUCGGGAGGAAUUGCUCUCUUCGACAUGAUAUCUUCAAGUGCUCAUGCGGCCUAGUCCUUCUUCAGGAGGAUAGGAAGGCCCAUCUUAACGGAAAGCGUCAUUUACAGCAGCUGCAGGCUCGGAACGGUGUUGGUAUUGCCGAACCGAGGCUCCAGGGCUCCAACAGCAAAACAGGGCAAGGAGGAAACUCUUCGGGUCAGCCGGCCAAGGAUCAUCAUCGGCGUAGCGCUUGGAUCCAGGGAGGGUCUCAAGGAAGCUCCUGGGGAGGACAGUCUACUGGAGUGCCCAGGAACUAUCAGCCCCAACGGGAUGCGCAGCGACCUGGAAUUCCUAGAAUAAACGGGCGCGUCAACGGUAAUGUCCCACAACCCCAAGCCCCUCCAGAAGAAGAGCUCCUGCCUUGCGAACAAUGUCUCAAGAAGGUUCCCCACUCAGAAUAUGAUACUCAUGUCGAGAACCACAUACGCGAGCAACGGAUCGAAGAGGCCAAGGCUGAACUUGAGGCGGCGAAGGAAGACAAGGAAGGCGUUACUGUGUCAGCCAGAGCUGGCGUGGACUUCGGCGUCCUGGAGGCCACCAAUGCUGUAGAAGUUGUUAUCACCGUUACAAGUGUUAUAUCGGCUGUGUACCUCCGUACCUGCAGGAUGGAGUCCUCGGGACGCGGAGAUGAACAUGGGACGAAGUUUUCCGCUCGCCUUCGAGGAAAAUCGAGGGUCAUCCAGAAGGGAGUUACUCGGCAACUCUCCAUAAUAUUCCACCCUGCAUAUGAAGGACAUUACAAAGACUUCCUUGAGCUCGUGUUUUACGACGCGGAAAAGGAUAAGGCCUUCGCCAUCGCUCGUACGGUUGAGGCUACGGUUGGGUCCAGGGAAGACCACGACCAACUCCAGCCAAAGGCCCCUUAUACCAGACGGAAGUUCAAGAAAUUUGAUCCAACCGGAACAAUUGUUCCUAGCUUACGGCCUCCAACAUGGACGAAGACCCUGUGGAAGGACAAACUCCCAUUCUUCGAUCCUCCUGCGCGCUUGAUUGAUGCUGCGUAUGGCCCAGGGAGUGGCAACAAUCCUCUACCAAUGAUUAAGAGGUUCAUGCCCAGCACUUUCAACGUAAAUACAUAUGGAAACUGGUUUCAAGUACUACUGUAUCUCGAGGAAGAACGAGUCAAGUUGGACUUGGAUAUGUAUUCUUUGACAGAGGCUGAACUCGUACCGAACCACCCUCGAUACAAUUUGCAGGUCCAAGGUCUGGCAGAGAAUCGGCCUUCGGUCCUCGUUGGCGACUUCAUUCUCGUCAGUCGUCCAGCAGGUCCAGAGACUAUCAACACACGCACCUGGUACGAAGGUCGAGUGCAUCACAUAUACCAAAACUAUGUCAGUCUUGCAUUCGGCGAAGGCUUUAGCACGUACAAAGGGACCAAAUUCGAUGUGCGAUUCGUUCUUAAUCGGCUGCCGUAUAGGCGAAUGCACUUUUCGCUUGCCAACAAGUUCAACCCACCACGAUUUCUUUUUCCAACUCGGGUGCAUAUCAAGGAAUCUGCCAGGGUGUCAAAAGAAAAAAUUGCGUCGAUUACACCCGUCGAUAGGAAUAUCGGAGAAGAUGCUGAGCAGAUGGAGACUGUCGCCGCCAUCCUGAAUCAGAAACCUGGAAGUGUACCAUUCAUCGUGUUUGGACCACCAGGAACAGGCAAAACGGUUACCAUCGUUGAAGCUAUGCAGCAGCUCCUCGAUUCAGAUCCAAACGUCCGCAUCUUAGCAUGCGCGCCAAACAACUCGGCCGUUGACACCAUAGCCCUCAAGUUGAUGCAUCGUGGGACGUUAGAGGUCUUCCGCCUGAACUCCCUCAGCAGAAAAGUUGGUGAUAUGCCAAAGAACCUCCGUACUUUCUCGCUCAUUAACGGUAACACCGUCUUCGCGAUGCCCACAAUCGAGGACCUGGCAAAGUAUCGAGUUGUUGUUUCAACGUGCCUCUCUGCUGGAGUUCCGGCAAAUCUUGGGCUGAAGAGGGGUCAUUUCACCCAUAUUUUCAUUGACGAGGCUGGCCAGGGCAAGGAGCCAGAACUCAUGGUUCCAAUCAAGAGUAUUGCGGACGAGACGACCAAUCUCAUCCUUGCCGGGGAUAAUCAGCAGUUGGGCCCAAUCGUGCAUUCUAAGUGGGCUGGUGCACUGGGACUGAAGAAGAGCUAUCUCGCUCGCAUCAUGGAGAUGGAUGCUUAUAAUCUGGAUACACACAGUGGUAUCACCAUCGUCAAGCUCUUGAAGAACUUCAGGUCGCAUCCUGACAUCUUACGCUUUUCCAAUGAAAAAUUCUACAAGUCUGAGCUUCAACCGUGUGCAGACAGCGCCAUCACUCGCUCCCUGGAAAAGUACGAAGAGCUGCCAAAGCAGAAUUUUCCAAUUAUCUUCCACUCUAUUGUUGGCAAGGACAUGCAAGAAGCCAACUCACCUUCGUUCUUCAACAUAGACGAAGCAACGAUCGUGAAAAAGUACGUCAUGUCCUUGGUUGGAAACAGGAAGAAUGGAACAAAGCCCGAGCACAUUGGUAUUAUCACACCAUACCAUGCUCAGAGGUGCAAGAUUCUGGACCUUCUCUACAAGGACCCAAAUUUGAGGGAUAUCAAGGUUGGCAGUGUGGAGGAGUUUCAAGGCCAAGAACGUCGGGUCAUAAUAAUUUCGACUGUUAGAAGUAAGACCGAGUUCAUCUCGGCUGACAUCCGGAGGAAUCUAGGCUUUGUGGCGGACAAGAAUCGACUCAAUGUUGCCCUGACCCGCGCCCAAGCACUGCUAAUUGUGAUCGGCAAUCCUAUCGUCCUGUCGCUCGACCCACUUUGGCGAAGCUUCCUCAACUACGUGGCUCUAGGUGGAGGCUGGAAAGGGCGGAAGAUGGAUUGGGACCCAAACGAACCCGUCUGGUCUGACAAGAACUAUAGUGCAGACCUUCAAUCCAAGGCAGAGGGAGAGAUCCAGGAGACGGUGGAGAGGAUCAGAUCCCUCAUUAUGAUGAAGCAUGAGGAAGACGGAUUCGACCUUGACAUCGACGAUGACGAUGACGCUGCCGCAAUGGAGAGACCGAUCUUGCGGGAGGCAGAGUGA